AUGGGUAACUCCCCAGAGAUCAAGUUACUCAACAACUGUUGCGACAAGAAGACCGAAAGCUACUUCCGUCUUCUGGUUGAUGACAAGCAGAUCAAAUACCUUACUGUCGAGCCGGGAACCUACAAGAAUGCUGAGAUGUGCUUUCCUCCAACUCUGUACACCGUACUUCCCAGGUUUCCUGCUGGAAAUUGGAACGAUGGUGUUGUGGCCAAAGACGAAGACGGUCGCCCCUACUUUACAUCCAUCAACCUGACUGAGUUUCCCGGCGUCGAGAACACCUGGCAUGAAACCUUUAUCGACUAUAUGGACGUUAAGCUGGAUGAACGUCUGCAUGGUGAAACUCAUGAGGCCAAAUGUCCACAGUUUGACGAAACGGUGAUCGCGAAAUAUAAGCCCUGGCACUUUUACAUGCAUUUCAUGGAGAACGAGACUACAGUCUAUCAGUUGUUGGACGGCCGUGGCAUUGGGCCUCGGUUCCUUGGCCAUUUGACUGAAUAUGGUCGUGUUAUUGGAUUUUUGAUCGAACGAAUUCCCGAUGCACGCCACGCUGGACCUGAAGAUAUUGAUCUCUGCAGGGAAACUUUGUCUCGGCUACAUGCUUUGGGACUUCAUCACGGAGAUACAAACCGACACAACUUUCUCAUCAGCAAUGGAAAGGCUAUCCUGAUCGAUUUCGAGUUCACCAAAAAGUGUGAUGAUGAAGACAUGCUCCAACAGGAGAUGGAGGGUUUGCCCGCUCGUCUCGCCGAUCCUUCACAUGGAGGAGGUCGCGGUUCUACAGAAAUCUUUUAUGGGACUUACGAAGAGAUGAUGGAUCCAGACUGUUUCUAA